AUGACGGUGGCAGAGCCCGGGAAGUUAAAUAUAGAGGAGCCUCCUCCGCUCUGGGGAUCUCGCAGCGUCGAUUGCUUCGAGAAGCUCGAACAAAUCGGUGAAGGAACUUACGGUCGAUGUUCGUCUUCGUGUUCCUUCGUGAAGAGCGGGGUCGGUGUGGCGUCGAUGGGUGUGAUGAGACCAGAGCUUGUGAUGAAAUCGAUUGUUCCCGUGGUUAUGGCUGGUGUGUUGGGUAUUUAUGGUUUGAUCAUUGCUGUCAUCAUCAGCACUGGAAUCAAUCCAAAGGCCAAGUCUUACUAUCUAUUCGAUGGCUAUGCUCAUCUCUCUUCGGGUCUCACUUGUGGUCUCGCCGGUCUCUCCGCUGGUAUGGCUAUUGGAAUCGUCGGUGACGCAGGUGUCAGGAUUGAUGAUGCUAUAGCGAAUGCACAGCAACCAAAGCUGUUUGUGGGAAUGAUUUUGAUUCUCAUCUUUGCUGAAGCUACUUGUAAUCCUUUGCUACAAUGGUUUUUAAUUGUAUUGCAUUGUCGUUGCUUUCAUUUUCGUUGAGAUGCAUAUAUGUAGAAUAGAGUAACUUACUCUUUCUCUUAAAAUUUCAACUUCUUAAUUCCUAAGGAUUUCAAAUUAGAAAACACCAUUGGAGAUACAAUUUUGAUUAGAAUCCUUAACUAUUCAAAUCAAAAAAAAAAAUAGUUUAAUAAUGUUAAGGACUCCAAUGGUGGUAACACCAUUGGAGAUGCUCUUACGUUUUGGGAAAUUUCUAAUGAGUAUUAUUAAUCAAAGUGAGGAUUAGCUAAGUUCCUUAUGUUUUGGAUCAUAAUUUUAUAUUUAUAUCAUUUAUCUCCCCUUUUUCUUUUAUGUUAUAAUAUAAUCAAAGAGCUAUAUGAUCUUAAAUAAUGUUAUUUAAGAUAAUAUAGCUCUUUGAUUAUAUAUGAUUAUAUUAUAUAUUUUUUUUCAUCAACUUAUACAGACUCAUAUAAUUAUUGCAUUUACGUCUUUAUAAUCAUUAAUAUUUAUUUAUUUUAUUAUUUUUAUUGUAGAUUAUAUUGAUAAGUUUAAUAUUAACUAAUACAAUUAAGUAUAUUUUAAUGUAACUUAAUAUAUUUACACUAUUAUUGAAAUCUAUACUAUUAUUUGCGAAAUAAUUUUUCGCAAUGAAGCUCUCACAUGAAAAGUUAGACUGAUUAAUAUUUUUACUGUUAAUGAUUUUUAUAUGUAAUUUAUUAUAUAAUUUUUUUUAAACUUUAUAUUAAUAUGUUAGGUUUAUCUCCUAUAUUAGAUAAUUGAUUAUAAUUUAAUAUAUGAUAAGUUUUUUCACCAAUAAAGUUAAUAAAUCUAAAUUAGUUUUUAAUUUAAUUUAGUUAAAAAAAUUUUACUAAUGAAAAACUUAGAGCAUCACAUUGGUGAUCUGAUUUCAAUAAUUAAAACAAUAUAUUAAAAGUGAAAGAGAACAGUCUUGCAUGAGAGAUUUCAAUAAGUUUUGGAAAAUUGCAUCUACUGUUGUCACACGACACAAUGAUGAAUCCUACUAUAUAAAAGGAACUAAAUUUGAGACUCAUAGACUAUGCCACAUCACCCAAAAUAUUUAUAUCCAAUGAAAGUGCCACAUCAUCAAGAUAUACAUGUCAUCAUCUAACCUCAUGAAAUCUGUAUCCAUUCCCUUCUCUAACGUUCCCGGUAUAACUCCUAAAGACAAUCCAAAAACUUUAAAGACAACCGUUCAGCAGCUCCGUAACGACCACUUAGAUUCCUGAAAGCCUUAUUUAAUAAUAAACAUUCCAAUGUCAGAUGCCCCUUCGAUAUCCCCAGCUCUAUUAUAUAUAUAUUUCUAGGGUUUUCGAUCUUGCACUAUUCCAUAGGCCAGCAAAAAAAAUUCCAGAUUUUAUGGCUUCAAAAUCAACCUUCAUAGUUCCAUCGGCAGUUUCCAGUGAAAUUUGGGACGCUCAUUGGCGUUGAGCUGCUCUUCCUUGACGAUAAGGUACAGCCUCAUAUUCUCAAACCAAUAAAUUUGUUCCCCUUAAUUGCAAUUGAUAUGAAUUAGUGACAAUGUUCUUGAAAUGAUUUUUGGUAUGUGUUUAAAUUCCUUGAGAUGCUUCAUAUGUUAUCAUGACUCUAUUUUUGGUAAUGAUAUUAUCAUGACACUUUCUGAUGGACCUUUUGUUUUUGCAGGCAAAACCUUGCAAGAGUCUAUAAGUGGACAGAACAAGCCUGAGUGUCUCAAAUGAUGACCUGAAGGUAUAGUUUAGUAAAUUUAGAAAUCGAGGAUUUAGGUUUCUCUGGAAACACAAGACACAGCUUUCGUUGAUUAUUACGAGAUUGACGAUACUCUACAGACAAGAAGCACGAAUGUCAAGCAAAUGGGUGGUAGUUACUUGCAUGAUUUUCUUCGACCACAAACCCCAGGUAGUAAGAUCUCUUAUGACAUAACUUUUGAUAAUCAAAAACACUUUAACAACAUAUUUUAUUCUGAAAUAAAGUUGCAUUUUAUUUUACCUUUAAGAACAAUGAGCUGGCUCUUACGAUAACAUGCAUUGUAAAUUAUAAAUCGCAGGUUAAUUUUGAAGUGUUUAAAGUAGUUUGUCUCAUGUUGCUAAUGAUAUGUAUCUGUUAUAGUUGUUUUGAUGUUUUAUUAUAUGCUUACAGUAUCCACACUCGUAUGAAGAUGCCAAAGGAGAUGACCACUCAAGUAAGGUUUUGUGGAUUCUUUUUAGGUGAGAUCAAGAGACAAACAAUUUUUUUCAAUGGUGUCAAAUCAGACUAAUGCAAUGAAAAACUGGAUUUGAGAGUCAUUUGUUUAUGAAAAAUGCAGAAUUAACAAAAGUGGUUUACUCAUCUUGCUCUAAUAAUAUCAGCAACAACAAACAUGUAUGCAACUUCUCUCUUUCAUCCCUCUCUAAAUAAUAAACACAUUAACAACUAACGUAGUUUCCACCCCAAACAUUGUCCACGUCUUGAAAGGCAACUGUUACUCACGUGCCUGAAACCAAACUUCUUAUACAGUCUCACCAAUUUCUAUGCAACCACUCAAGCAAAGACAUGUUCAAGUCUACCAUUCUCACAAUAUGAUUCAUUGACAAAAUCAUCUUUAAAGUAGUAUCUAAUUAAUGAUAUUUUAAACAAUCUCUCAAAAUAUGCUACCAAAGAAAUCAAAAGAAAAAUAUCUAAAAGUUUUUUUUUUUGCUAAAAAAAAUAUCUAAAAAAUUAAUAGAUAUAUAUACUAACUUAUCGAAACUAACUUCAAAAGAGUCCAACAAAACAAUGUUAACAAGUUUUAUUUUACGGUAGAUUACAUGAGAAUCAUACUCCCAAACUAAAUUAGAAUAAAUAACAAAUAAAAACCAUCAAUAAGAAAUUUAACUUGAUAUGGAAGCUCUUUGAAAAAGAAACAUGAAAAGCUUUAGCUAAUAGUUUUUUUUUAAACAUUCCUAAGGAAAGCACAACUUUAAAAUAGUCAUAUUUAUCAAAAAGAAAAAAUCAAUGUAAAAGUAAAUUAGAAAAGGAAAAUACUAUCUAAAAUUAGUUGAUAUCUAUGCUAAAUUUUUGAAGAAAUAACAUGAAAUAUUUUUAAAUGAAUCAUAGAUUAUGUCAAACAUACGGAAAUUGAAUAUAUCAAAAUAAAAUAAUAUUUGUCAAUAUAAUUAACCUGAUAAAAUUGAAAGAGAAAAGAAGAUACAUGGAGAAAAUAUUGAAAAUAAAAAAAAUAAAAACAUCAAAUUAUUAAACAAAUAAAUAAAAUUUUGAAAUACAAAAUCUAUCAAUAUAACAAUGUUUUAAAAAGGGAAAUACCAAAAAUACCACAUUCUUAAUACUGGGUUUUUGGAAUAUGAAAUUUAGGAUUCGAAUAAAUAUAUAAAUGAAUCAUUAUUUAGAAAAAUAAAAAGUAGUUUCCAAAAGAAUUUUAAAAUUUCAAAAGAUAAUUAAAAAACAAAUUCAAAAAAAUUAUUAGAAAGUUCGAAUUUGAAAAAGUAUAAUUCAAAAACAUAAUUUUUUAUUUAUUUAAAUAAUUAUUUAUUUAUUUAAAUAAUUAUUUAUUAUAUAUACAAAGCAAGGUCUUUUGAUUCUUAAUGAUGAAGGUAUUUUUGAAAAUGUCUAUUUAAUGAAAAUAAACAUGAUUAAUGGUACCAAUAAUGUAGUAAACAUGGAAAUUUUUUUUUUUUAAAUGUCUUUUUAUUGAAGGUAAACAUGAAUAAUGUACCAGGUGGUAAAUAUGAAAAUUUCCUUUUAAAAAUUUUAAUGAAAUAUUUCAUCUAUAAUCACCUGCAUUAUUGCUUUAAAAAUUUCAAGAAUUUUUUUCUCUAAAUUAAUUCAAAAUAAUUUUAAAUAUUCAAAAUAGUUUAAAAGUUAAAUUGUUUAUAAUAUAGAAUCCGCGCGUAGCGCGGACACGGAUCUAGUAAGAUUAAUUUUGUGAGACACAUGUCGUCUUAAGAAUAAUUUUAUUUUUAAGAUACUAAAUUUAUUUGUGAGAGAUCACAAUACUAAAAGGGAGAUAUCUAGACUUCUUAGGGUGUCCACGUAGGCAUGGAAAUUCAAGCCAAUCAUAAGUCAAGAAUGUGCCAUGUCAUCAAAUACAUUCAUAACUUUUACAGAUCGAUUCGCCUCCGGCAAAGAGCAAAAUAAUUUUCUCGAUUCACCUUCUCCCACAAACCGUAAUAUCUCUCACCUUUUCUAAAUGUAAAUGCACAAUCGAAACAGCUCUGGAACUGAAGAGGAUAUUAUGGCCUCCACUGGUUCAUGAUCAUCAUAUAAGCUGUCUAGGAUUGUGAUUCACCUCCUUAUCUCAAGAAAGCUAAGCCGAUUGCUGGUUCUGCCUCUCAGAAGGACAUCCAGUAUCUGAGCACGGAAGGUGUGAUCUCCGCUCCAGUAUGGUGCCAACACAACACGUCACUCCAUAGCUUAUGAUGCCUUCAGGUCAGUCUCUGUCUUCGUAAGUGUUUUUUUUUCAUUCAGCAGGAUGUGUGACAGGCUUUUCACAGCAACCUCUCAUCCCCUUUCUGAAUUUAUCUUCUUUCUUAACAACCAUUGUUAACAAUUGAGUGACAUGGUUAAGGUAAAGAACAUGCAUGAGCUCGCAUCCACAUCUUUCUCAAUCUCUCGCUCUAUUUCUUCUGUUUAGUUUAUUGCUAAAUUUUUAAGCUUUCUUGAUUGGAUCAAUGGCUGAAAGAGCUUUGCAUCAACAGCUUGGAGACCACAAAGAGGCGUACUUAUAAAAUCUGUGUCUAUACUCCGCACUUGGCUCUUUGAACAUUGCCUCCAUCUUAAGAGACAUCCUUCUUACUUCUCUUUGUUUAAUUAAUAACUAUUUCCAGCUUUUUGCAGAUAUCCAAAGAAAAUCAGACAAAAUCAUGCUUCCGAAGCAGACUUCCUCAGGGUCAUUAAGAUGCUUAACUAGACAAUAGGAGUGGUGCUCGAGUAUAUGAAAGAUACACAGACUCAAAGAAGAGAGGACAUUAUCUUCUUGCUUCUGUGCGAUUGUUAGAAGUGAGUUUUGAGUACUCCUUAUGGAAGAACAUUGAUAGCCUCUGUCACUUUAGCUUUCACUGAACAUUGAUAAUCCAGCCCUUUUGUGUCCACUUGCUUCUUACAAGUUACAAUAUUUAGCAAUCGUCGAAAGCAGAACUGAACAUUUACUCGAAGUGAUCAACUCGAGAGAUGAUGUGCUUGGGACGUUGAUGAGAAGGUGUACGUAUCUCAGGUAUGUGGAAGCUGGAUUGAUGGAUAGGUUCUAUACGCAGAUGAGAUAUUGAAAUAUGGGUUUGAAUGUGAUUAAGACUUCUUAUGUCCUUUGGAGGUUUUGAAGAAUGUGCAGGAAGCUGUUAGGGAUAUGAUGAUAUUGUCUUCAAUGGUCUACCAUCGACUGAGCCAUUCUAGGUGUUCAAUGAGAUUAGUAAGUACUGAAGAAGAGGGUUACAACUCCUGUUAUCAUUUCUCUGGCCAAGGGUGUGGAAGCAGAGUUUGAACCUCAUAAUCUGAUUGUUACUCAUGUUUGAAUGAUCUAACGAGCAUGUAAAAUCACUUUUCAUGUAUUCUUUGUAUGUUUGCUAGAAUAGAUGAAUGUUUGAUGUCAUCCUCCUUAGUAAUUUCAUGACAGAGAGAUUUUGUUUGUUAUUGUUUUGCUACUGUGUAUUGAUUAUUCACCAGAAAUACCAAAUUGCUUGAUUGAG